GGUGAUAGGGUAGUUUACUGAAUCCUGGUGUGGUGAAUUAACAACUGACUUCCAACUCCGAGUCUUUGACUGAGCAUCUGCAAGACCAUACCAGAGCUAUAACAGUUCUGUUCCGUUUACCCAGUGUCCUUAGGAUCCACCCGAGUUCCGAUUCAUUUCAGCCAGAGAAGCAAUUGCCAUGGCGAGCCGAUCUCUGAUGUUUUUUGUUCUGAUAGCUCUUUUCCUGAUUUCGUCUUCUCUUGCGACCUCAGACGCUCCUUUCAUCGUUGCCAGCAAGAAGGCCAGCCUCACCAGGCUCAAAUCGGGUGCUGAACGAGUCUCUGUCUCCAUCGACAUCUACAACCGAGGAUCUGCGACCGCAUAUGAUGUAAGUUUAGUCGAUGAUAGUUGGUCUCAAGAUGUCUUUGAUCUGGUCAGUGGUAACACUUCAAAGUCAUGGGAAAGGCUUGAUGCUGGUUCUCUUGUUUCUCACUCGUUUGUUCUGGAGUCCAAAGUGAAGGGCAUGUUCCAUGGUGCACCAGCUGUCAUCAAGUUCCGCAUCCCCACAAAGGCUGCUCUACAGGAGGCUUUCUCAACUCCAGUACUCCCUUUAGAUAUCCUUGCUGACAGACCUCCAGAAAAGAAGUUCGAAUGGGCAAAGAGGCUAUUGGCAAAGUACGGGUCAUUGGUUUCGGUGAUAUCCAUUGUAGUCCUGUUCGUGUAUCUGAUUGUUACUCCAUCGAAAUCAAGUGCUGCAAAGGGAAGCAAGAAAAAGCGUUGAGUAUUAUAAAUGGGUUGCAGGGCAGGGCCAAACUUCUGCGUGGUUCUUUUAGGAGGCUGGAUAUCAAGGUUGAAGACAUUGACAAUCCACAAUCCCGAUUUCCCAACUAUCUUUAUUCUUUGGUUUUCUUUUCAGAAACUCAGGAGUCCGGACGUAUUGAAAAUUUUCGGAAUCUAAGACGUAUUUAGAUUUCUAAACUUUAGCUGUUAGCGUGCUAGUGUCUUAGUGAUUGACUUGAGAGGUUUGCGUCUCCAACCCAACGGCUAUAUCUUAUACAUGGAGAAUCGGCAUGAGCCAUCAUGGGUGAUCAUUCAUGAGUUUAAUAUCAGUGCAAUUUGUACUUGUAUCGAUCUUUUAAGUUUUAACCGGUAAUAGUGAAGAGAUGGAAUGGAUGGAACUUUAGUAAUGAU